UGGAGGAAAGCGAGCAGGUCGGCGUUUACCGCUGCUGACUUUUCUCACGUGGAUUGCUGUCCGUCUUCUGCCUGUAAUUCAUAUCUGUUAGCGUGGACCAGCCACACUGAAAAAUAGAGUGGUAGCGGAAGCCAAGGGUUGUGAGCUGAUGGAUUUUGCUGCUGAAAAUGAAGCGACGUCUGGAGGCGGUCUCCAGCGUGGAGCUGAGGGGGCGCGGCUGGGGUUCAAGUCCGGUAGGGAAGGAGUCAAAGGUGAAGCAGGUACGGAGGAGGCCGGCGGUGGAGAGGCGGGGAAUGGACUGACAGGAGUGGAGAAAACGGAAGUUAAAGAAGAAAGAAGUGGACAAAGGGUAGAGAAAAUGCAAGUGGAUCUAACGGUUGUGAAGCAUGAAGUUACGGACUGGUCAGAAAUGGAGGAAGGUAUGCUGAAUAGCCAGUGGAUAAAGCAGGAGGUGAAGGAUGAGCCUGAGGUGAAAGAUGAGCCUGAGGUGAAAGAGGAGAAACCAGACACGUUGGAGGUGAAGCAGGAGGUGGAUAGUUUGGUGGUAAAAGAAGAGAAGGUGGAUGAAACAGAGGUAAAGGAUGAGAAAGUGAAGGUGAAGGAAGAGGUGAUGGACUGGCUAGAAGUGAAGGAAGAGAGAAAAGAUAACUUGGAGUUAAAACAGGUGGAGAUGUUUUUUGGUCAGAACGUAAAAGAGGAAAUGGUGGAUGAAAUGUGUGUAAAAGAAGAAAAGUAUUUUGCAAAGAAAGAGAUGUUGGAUGAUACAGAGGUGAAAGAAGAGCCUCAGAUAAAUUCCCUCGUGGGCUCGAAGCGGAAACUGGCAAUGUCAAGGUGUGAAACUUGUGGGACAGAAGAAGCCAAGUACAGAUGUCCACGUUGUAUGCGUUAUUCCUGCAGCUUGCCCUGUGUAAAGAAACACAAAAUAGAACUAACAUGUAAUGGAGUUCGAGAUAAAACUGCAUAUGUUUCAAUACAGCAAUUUACUGAGAUGAAUCUCCUAAGUGAUUAUCGAUUCUUGGAAGAUGUGGCAAGAACAGCAGACCAUAUUUCCAGAGAUGUUUUAUUGAAAAAACCAUUAAGCAAUAAACAUAUGUACUUCAUGAAAAAUCGUGCCCGAAGGCAAGGUAUUAACUUAAAACUUCUACCCAAUGGAUUCACCAAGAGGAAAGAAAAUUCAACAUUUUUUGAUAAGAAAAAGCAGCAGUUUUGUUGGCAUGUGAAGCUUCAGUUUCCUCAGAGUCAAGCCGUGUAUAUAGAAAAAAGGGUACCAGAUAAUAAAACUAUUAAUGAAAUUUUAAGAUCGUACAUCGACCCAGAAAAAUCUGAUCCUGUAAUUCGUCAAAGGUUGAAAGCCUACAUUCGCUCUCAGACUGGGGUCCAAAUUUUAAUGAAGGUUGAAAAUAUGCAACAAAAUUUAGUAAGGUAUUACGAACUGGAUCCUCACAAAAGUCUCCUUGACAAUUUGAGGAACAAAGUGAUCAUUGAGUACCCAACGUUACAUGUGGUAUUAAAAGAAUCCAGUAAUGACAUGCAAGUUCUUUACCAGGUGAAAAGUGAAUCUACCAAGAGCACUAGCAGUCAAAAUUGAGUGCUUCUGGGGGAAGAAAAUGCCCAGACUUCAGAGGACUAUGCAUUGACCAGCUGUUGGGUGAUUGUUAGUGGGUGGGUACAGUUUUUUGUUUUUCUGAAAAGCAAUUAAACGACCUAAAAAAUUUUUAAGAUGUAUUUUCUAAUCUCUUGAGUUGACUUACAAAGUCCUUAUUCCUAAUAACAACCCCUCUUUUGCACCUGAUUGGCAUAGUGCUUAUUUUAAUUAGACCUUGGCUUUUAGUAUACUGAAUUGUAUGGGAUGAAAACUUUUCUGUUUAGAUGCAAACCAAAUUCUAGGAUCACCUGUGUCAGUCACAAAGCUUUGAAAAGGCUGUGUGACACACCAGCUCACCCUCAGUUGCCCAUUCUUGCCUUUGGGACUUACGUGCAACUUACCCACUUGAAAUGACUGAAUGGGUCCUUUAUACUUGGGUAGCACCUGGUACAAUGUCCUGUGUAAAGGCUGAACCAGUGCAGUUAGCUACCAUUUCUUAUGUUUGGUUUGGAAAAUCAGCAGCUCCAAACGGUUGUUUGAGCCAUCCGUACUCACAGAGUUGGCCACACUUGUCACAUAACGAGCUGCGUCUUAUUGUAAAUUCUGUACCUUUUAUCCUGUUUCCACCCAUUCUUGUGACUAUCCCACAGGGGUGUUGUGGUGACCAGUUUCAUGCUGUGCUUUGAAACACCUAGCAGUAAUUAAAAGAAACACUCUUUAGUGUUGUUGGAAUAUAUAUGUGUAUUUAUGAUAUACCUGGCUUAAUUUAUACCUUAUGGCAGCUCUAUACAUUAUGAUCUCACAUAUGAAAAUUAAAUGUUCCUGGUUUUAUUGGAAUUUAUACAGUUAUGAAUUUGCAACAUGACUAUAAAAAGGAUUACUACA